UGGCCGCCACAGUGGCGCUGUCAUUUUGGUACCGAGCUCAGCGAAGCGCUUAAUUCGACCUGACCCAGGCCAGAGUCUUUUCCUCUAGGCCUUCCUCGUGCUCUGCUAGUUCCCUGGCCAGUCCCUGCGAAUCCCUGGCACCUCUGCGGUGUCCCUCCACUCAGCCAAGAAUCAUGUCUUGGGCCGCCCGCCCGCCUUUCCUUCCCCAGCGGCAUGCCGCAGGGCAGUGUGGGCCGGUGGGGGUGCGAAAAGAAAUGCAUUGUGGGGUCGCGUCCCGGUGGCGGCGGCGACGGCUCUGGCUGGAUCCCGCGGCGGCAGCGGCGGCGGCGGGAGCCGGAGAACAACAAACCCCGGAGCCGGAGCCGGGGGAGGCUGGACGGGACGGGAUGGGCGACAGCGGGCGGGAUUCCCGAAGCCCGGACAGCUCCUCUCCAAAUUCCCUUCCCCAGGGGGUUCCUCCCCCUUCUCCUCCAGGACCGCCCCUACCCCAUUCAGCCUCUUCGCUGGGAGGCUCUGGGGCCCCACCCCCACCCCCAAUGCCACCCCCUCCGCUGGGCUCCCCCUUCCCAGUCAUUAGUUCUUCCAUGGGGUCCCCUGGUCUGCCCCCUCCAGCUCCCCCAGGAUUCUCCGGGCCUGUCAGCAGCCCCCAGAUUAACUCCACGGUGUCACUUCCUGGGGCUGGGGCUGGCACCCCUGAAGAUGUGAAGCCGCCAGUCUUAGGGGUCCGGGGCCUGCACUGUCCACCCCCUCCAGGUGGCCCUGGAGCUGGCAAACGGCUAUGUGCAAUCUGCGGGGACCGAAGCUCAGGCAAACACUACGGGGUCUACAGCUGCGAGGGCUGCAAGGGUUUUUUCAAGCGCACCAUUCGCAAGGAUUUGACCUACUCCUGCCGGGACAACAAAGACUGUACGGUGGACAAGCGCCAGCGUAACCGCUGUCAGUACUGCCGCUAUCAGAAGUGCCUGGCCACUGGCAUGAAGCGGGAGGCGGUGCAGGAGGAGCGGCAGCGGGGGAAGGACAAGGACGGGGAUGGGGAGGGGGCUGGGGGAGCCCCCGAGGAGAUGCCCGUGGACAGGAUCCUGGAGGCAGAGCUUGCUGUGGAGCAGAAGAGUGACCAGGGCGUUGAGGGUCCUGGGGGAACCGGGGGUAGCGGCACCAGCCCAAAUGACCCUGUGACUAACAUCUGUCAGGCAGCUGACAAACAGCUGUUCACCCUUGUUGAGUGGGCAAAGAGGAUCCCCCACUUUUCUUCUUUGCCUCUGGAUGACCAGGUCAUAUUGCUUCGGGCAGGCUGGAAUGAGCUCCUUAUCGCCUCCUUUUCUCACCGGUCCAUCGAUGUCCGGGAUGGCAUCCUCCUUGCCACGGGUCUCCAUGUGCACCGAAAUUCAGCCCAUUCUGCAGGCGUGGGCGCCAUCUUUGAUCGGUCCCUCUCCAGGGUGCUGACAGAGCUAGUGUCUAAAAUGCGUGACAUGAGGAUGGACAAGACAGAGCUUGGCUGCCUGCGGGCAAUCAUUCUGUUUAACCCAGAUGCCAAGGGCCUGUCCAACCCCAGCGAGGUGGAGGUCCUGCGGGAGAAAGUGUACGCGUCCCUGGAGACCUACUGCAAGCAGAAGUACCCUGAGCAGCAGGGGCGGUUUGCCAAGCUGCUGCUGCGUCUUCCGGCCCUCCGGUCUAUCGGCCUUAAAUGUCUAGAGCAUCUGUUUUUCUUCAAGCUCAUUGGUGACACCCCCAUUGACACCUUCCUCAUGGAGAUGCUCGAGGCUCCCCACCAGCUGGCCUGAGUCCACACCUCAGGACCGAGGGGCGCCCUCCAGGAGGACUCAAAGCCUGGGGCAGGGUGGGGGGCUGUGUUUGCAGCCCAGACCUCAGGCAAGGAGCACGGCACAGACAGGGACCCCUAGGGUGAGCCUCAGCCCUGCAGAGCACUGCUUGGUGUCCCCGAGUUGGGACUGCAGAUCCCUGUGAGGCCCGGACGGCUCCCUUUGGUGGCCUUGGUUUCUGAGUUGCUGGGGUCUCCCGAGGUUUGGGGUGAUUUCUCACCCAUCAUGCCUCCAGCAUAGCACCGGCCCUGGUCCGAGGACCCCGCUCCCUUUUCACUCGGCCUCACUCCCACUCAAGUGGAGGUGGGGGAUUCUCCCAGAGAUGGGUGUUGGGGGGCAGGCCCUCCAAACUGAUGGAAGUGGAAGCAGGGCCCCAGAGGAGAGGCCACCUUCCUCCUAGCCUGGGCAGGUGGGGGUCACUGGAGGAGGGCAGGGCCCUGUCACCCUGUCCUGUCUGGGCUCAGGUUUUACACCUCACCUGCAGGCCCACUGAAAAGGGGGUGCUGGUGGUGCGCGCUGGUGCUGCUGCAGGAACCCGUCUAUUUUUAAUUGAGGAUAGACUUGCAGUCAGACUCAAAGAAGUACUGUACUUCCCGGGGUGGCUGAGAGACUCCCGUGGUGGCCUGGGUAUUUGGGAAGGGUGGGCCAAGGUGCGUCCCUGGGGCUCGCCUGGCACUGGCUUCCCUUGAGCUCCUGUCCAGGCUGGGAAGAUCCAGCCACAGGGCAGGGUUGGCCAGGCAGUUGGGCGGGGGCGGCAGGGUCCUGCCCCUUAGCUUUGCGCCAGCCCAGUCUCACAGCUGCAGAGGACCUGGUCUGCAGGGCCUGGGGCUGCAUGAGUUCUGCCCUGCGUCUCUUGGGGUCCUUUCUCCUCCCUCACACAUAAAAUCGCUUUCAAAUUAAAA